AUGUCAGCACACAUGGAUUGUUUCCGGGACAAUUUUGAAAAGGAUCGCAUCCUGGAUGGUCGUUUCCGCACCAUUGCCCCACUCAAUCAUGGAUCAUUCGGUAUGGUCUUCUUGGCCACAGACACAACGACCGGUCAAGAUGUUGCCAUCAAGUGUUUGACCAAGAAUGCCGCCACUGACUCUUCAACUCCGUUUCCGAUGGAUGAUCAGUUCGAAGAGUUGGAAGCUCAUCGCCGCUUUGGUCAACAUAAGAACCUGGUCAACUUGAUCCACUCUUUUGAGACUGAAGCUCACAUGUACCUCGUCUUGGAGUACUGUGCCAACGGUGAUCUCUACGAAGCCAUUCGUCACGAUCGUGGCCCCCUGGAAACCGAGCAUGUCCGCGAUAUUAUGCUUCAGCUUCUCAGUGCCGUCGAAUUCAUGCACGCCAACGGCCUCUACCACCGUGACAUCAAGCCCGAGAACAUCUUUCUGAUGUCCGAUGGCUCGAUGAAGCUUGGUGAUUUUGGUCUGGCAACCCGUGAAUCCUUGUGCCACGAGGCCUGCGUCGGAAGUGAUCGUUAUAUGGCUCCCGAACAAUAUGAGCCCCACUCUACCGGGUAUUCUCCCGCCCAAGCCGACAUCUGGUCUGUCGGCAUCUGUUUAUUGAAUAUUCUAUUUUCUCGCAACCCCUUUACUGCUCCCACGGAGUCUGAUGUUCUUUUCUCGGACUACGUGCGCGAUCGCCAGUCGUUGUUUGACAUUUUCCCCAACAUGUCUCAGGAUACUUUUGAAAUCCUGACUCAUGCGCUGGCUAUUGACCCAGCGAAACGGUCCCUGUCGGAUGUGCGCGAUGGUAUCUUGCGCGCUGUCUCCUUCACCACCGAUGAUGAGUCCCUUGACGAGUUCUGCACCGAGGAUCGCGACAUUGUCACCGCCAGUGCUAACCGCGAGCCUCUCCGCACACCUUCCAUCCAGAGCCCUGCCAUCAACCAAGGUGAUUCGUUCCCCUGGACCCAGAUGCUCAAGUCGAGCCCUGCCCAGGCCUCCCGCCAAUUGUCCGUCAUCCCGGACAACGAAAGCUACACGGAAGAUCUCUUUCCUCCUUCGGAGGCCGCGGGUACAUCCUGGUUCUCGGCUCACCUCGACACUCCGUCUAUGGCUUCUGUUUUGGACUCGGCGAUGGGUGAGUCCUUUCGUUCCUUCAAUCCUCUGCAUCUGAAGGCCCGUGGACCCGUCCUCCCUCGAUCCGACCCAGUUCCAAUCACUGGUUCCCUACCAAGUCACACUACUAAACCCCUUCCUUCUCUUGCCAUGGUUUUCGGUAAGAAUUCCAACAGCGAUCAGAUCUCCAAGAGCUGGAGUGAUCUCUGGGAUGAGGAGGAAUCGGAGAAUGAGGACAUGGCCAUUCAGCAACGACACGAGCAGAACUCUCGUAGCUGGAGCCAAGAAAGUCGGAACUCGCCAUCGAGUCCCCUGUCCGAAUUGCGCGAGCUGGACUCCGCUCUUCCAAGUGACGCCAUACCAAUGGAAAAUCAGCUCAGUGCCCCCCGUGCCAUCCAGUCCAAGCCCUUCGAGAUCGACAGCGAUGCGGGUACUUCCAGCAGCACGCCUCGACCUCUUCACCAGGAAUCGCCCAAGAAAUCCAACCUGGAUAAGUGGUCGCAGCUGGGUGACAAACGCCGCAAUUGCCAAACCCGUGAGCCCUUCGGCCCUCAGCGAGCGGCGAACAACUGGCGAAGCGAUUGGGGCCUCGGCUCUUCUGGAUUCGACCAUGGAGGCCGACCUAAGCGUGAUUCUCCCCCACCCGACCGUCGUCGUCGACUGUACAUGGAGAAAGAUUGGCGCCGUGACAAUGCGGAAUCUUCUAAGCUUCCUCCUGCUCCAGUCAAGUUCCCUCUCCACUAUGACAGCACUCUUGAUGACGAUCUUGAUCUCGUGGGCGGAUGGCAUGACCUCCACCUGUAG